UCGCCCCACACAAUACAUCAAAGACCUGACGAGCAGCAGAAGUACUAGUCAUGGCUGCAGCUAUGCUUAAACGGACGACGAUGUUGAAUUCAAUGAUCAACAGAUUGAGGUCAUAUGCUUCGGUUGCAGUGGGUACGGAUCUGGUAUCCGGCGCCCCCAAUGUCUCUCUCCAGAAAGCUCGCACUUGGGACGAAGGCGUCUCCUCCAAGUUCUCUACUACCCUUCUCAAAGACAUCUUCAAGGACAAAAAAGUUGUUAUCUUCGGACUUCCGGGUGCUUUCACUGGAGUUUGUACAGCCCAACAUGUGCCUAGCUAUAAGAAUAACAUUGACAAGUUUAAGGCCAAAGGAGUUGACACAGUGAUCUGUGUAGCUGUCAACGAUCCAUAUGUAAUGAAUGGGUGGGCAGAGAAGCUUCAAGCAAAAAAUGCUAUUGAGUUCUAUGGUGAUUUUGAUGGGAGUUUCCACAAGAGCUUGGACUUAUCAACUGACCUCUCUGGUGCUUUGCUUGGAACACGCUCUCACAGGUGGUCAGCGUACAUAGUCGAUGGACAGGUCAAGGUUCUCAAUGUCGAAAAAGUUCCAUCUGAGUUCAAAGUUUCUGGUGGGGAAGUUAUAUUGGGACAGAUCUAGAGUGAUUCUCCUUUGCAGUCUGAACUAAAAAUAAUAAUGAGCAUUUCUAGCCCAGCCUUUUGUUCUGAGACGCGCAAAUUCCUUGGUUUCGUGGAUCUAAUUUGCUGAGAAGACUUGGGCUGUGUAAAGGCAGAAGUUGUUUGUAUGUUCUCUGUAAAAGGCUUACAGACAAUCAUCUUUAUGUUCUUAGAUGAUGAUAUCAGGAAUAUUUCCAAGUCUUCACAUUUAGAUUGAUCUUUUCAGUUUUUUUGUGUUGCUGUUGGUAAUGAUUUUGAAAAGUAAUUAUGUCAAGCAUGUAACAUUGUAACUAUCACAUUUGGCAUUAUGGUUCGACUGCUGUUGGUGUAAGCUCAGUUCAUCAGAGAAAGAGAAUGGCAAUUCCAAUUUCUCUAUAGGUAAGCAUAUAAAGUAUGUACUAUAUCGGUAUAGGUAAGGAUUUGCAAAAUACUCUUUUAGCUUUGGUUUUUUGUUAGUUUAUGUUUCAGGAGUAUUUCGGGUUUGACAAACAUCUCAUAUGAGAACCAUCUUUAUUAUAAAUAUAUGUGAAUAAUAUGAACACCCUUUAGUAAUGAGCAUUCAUUUCUA